AUGGCCUCCAAGCUGGGCCUCCGUCUGGCUCCUGCCGCUUGUGGUUUGAGCACUGGCGCGCCCAUCGCCUCCAGACGGACCUUAUCAUCCCUGGCCUCGAGCCGUUCAUCAGCUCUUCUCCCCCGUCCUCGCCUGACGCUACCGCGCUCCAAGCUACAGCAGUCAUUCCGUCGCACCUAUGCUGAUGGCCCGGCUCCUGAAGCUACAUUGUCCCCCGCUGCAAAGCCGAAGAAGCGGUUCAGAUUCCUGAGAUGGAUGUGGAGGAUAACCUACCUCUCCGUAAUUGCUUCUGCUGGUUAUGUUGGCUAUCAAAUUUGGUAUCUGCGGAACCCAGCUGAGCAGUUCGAACCUGAUCCAAAGAAAAAGACCAUCGUUAUCCUUGGUACUGGUUGGGGCGCAGUCUCUCUCCUCAAGAAGCUCGACACCGAAAACUACAAUGUUGUCGUUGUCUCGCCCCGCAACUUCUUCCUGUUCACUCCCCUCCUGCCGUCCUGCACUGUCGGAACCAUCGAGCAUCGCUCCAUCAUGGAGCCCAUCCGCAAUAUCCUACGUCACAAGAAAGCUACAGUCAAGUUCUUCGAGGCGGAAGCCACGAAGAUCGAUUACGAGAAGAAAAUCGUGUACGCUAAGGACGACUCGGAAAUCAAAGGUGACAAGAUGGAUGCCGAAAUUCCCUUUGACAUGCUGGUUGUUGGCGUUGGCGCCGAAAACGCUACUUUUGGUAUUCCCGGUGUCCGCGAGCACUCAUGCUUCUUGAAAGAAGUUGGCGAUGCUCAGCAGAUUCGCAAAAAGGUCAUGGAUUGUAUCGAAACCGCCGUCUUCAAAGACCAAACGGACGAUGAAGUCAAGCGUCUCCUGCACAUGGUUGUUGUGGGAGGCGGCCCUACUGGUGUCGAAUUCGCUGGCGAGCUCCAGGAUUUCUUCCAAGAAGAUCUUCGCAAAUGGGUGCCUCAGAUUCAAGAGAACUUCCAUGUCACCCUGGUCGAAGCCCUUCCCAACGUCCUUCCCAUGUUCUCCAAGCAGCUGAUCGAUUACACCGAGUCCUCUUUCAAGGAAGAGCAUAUCGAUAUUCGCACGAAAACCAUGGUCAAGAACGUCACCGAAAAGUACAUCGAAGCCGAGUCUACCCUUCCUGACGGAACCAAGAAGACCGAGCGCAUUCCUUAUGGUCUUCUGGUCUGGGCUACUGGCAACGCCCUCCGCCCCGUUGUCAAAGACCUCAUGUCGCAGAUCCCCGCACAAAAGAACUCUCGCCGUGGCCUCGAAGUCAACGAAUACCUGGUUGUUAACGGUACCGAGAACAUCUGGGCUGUUGGUGACUGCGCCAUCGCAAACUACGCCCCAACGGCGCAGGUCGCUGCGCAAGAGGGUGCUUUCCUUGCUCGCCUGUUCAACACCAUGGCCAAGACGGACGCCAUCGAGGACGACCUCAAGGCCCUGAGCGAGAAGCAGAGCAAGGCUAAGGCUGAUGAGCGGAACCAGAUCCUCGCCGAGAUCAACGAGCGCCAGAAGCAACUGAGAAGGACGAAACAGGUGGGUCCCUUCCAGUACAGUCACCAAGGCAGCUUGGCGUACAUCGGUGCCGAGAAGGCAGUGGCAGAUGUGAGCUGGUUCUCUGGCAACAUCGCCAGUGGUGGCACCAUGACGUAUCUCUUCUGGAAGAGUGCGUAUUUGAGCAUGUGCUUCAGCACGCGGAACCGCGUACUAGUCUGCCUGGACUGGAUGAAGGCCAAGUUCUUUGGACGCGAUGUCAGCCGUGAAUAG